AUUAAAGCAAGGUACAGAAUGAACAAUACCAGUUGCACAAUAAAGUCAACAACCAGAAUUCAACCCCAACGAAGAAAAAGUAAAAAAAAGGAAAAAAAAAGCACUCAAUAAUCUUCACAAAGAAGCAGGAGAAAACGAAACAGCACUAGUAAUACAAUUUGGCAGAAAGAAAACAGUGUGUUUUUUGGUUCAACAGGUCUCAAUCUGCAACAACAGUAAAGCUAGAGAGCUAUGUGGUUCAAUUCUCCUUGAUCAUUGUCUUUCAUUCUCUCUCACAAUUUUCUCACCAUGCCAUCUCGUCAGAUGUUGCAGUUAUCACCACCGUUGAUCAUCCCCACCACCGCAUCACCACCGUCGAUCAUCCCUCACCACCAUCACCACCACAACAGCCACCUCAUUCCUCCACUCGCCGGCGGCGUUGCCGCCGCCUUCUCCUGCCUCAUCCUCCUCACCGUCUGCUUCCGCAAAAUCUCCCGCAAACGCACCGUCCCCGCUGAUUCCAAGCCGCCGCACCGCUUCUCCUACUCUUCCCUCCGCCGCGCCACCGACAAUUUCUCGGAAUCUCACCGUCUCGGCCAGGGCGGCUUCGGCUCCGUCUACAGCGGAACCCUCACCGACUUGAACCUAGAAGUCGCCGUGAAGGCUAUGGACGCCGGUUCUCUCCAAGGCGAGCGCGAGUUCCAGAACGAGCUCUUAUUCGCCGGAAAGAUUGAAUCGAAUUACAUCGUCUCGCUCAUCGGAUUCUCCUCUGACCGGAAACGGCGGCGUAUGUUACUGGUGUAUGAGCUCAUGAGGAGCGGAAGCUUGCAAGAUUGCUUGCUUCAUCGCAAAUGUCCGGAGCUGAUGGUAUGGAAGAAGAGAUUUUCGAUCGCGCUCGAUAUUGCUAGAGGACUUGAGUUUCUUCAUCACUACUGUGAUCCUCCGGUGAUUCAUGGAGAUAUAAAGCCGAGUAAUAUACUGUUAGAUCGGUAUUUCAAUGCAAAGAUUGGUGAUUUCGGAUUGGCGAGGUUGAAAUCGCAGGUUCAGUGUGAAAUCGCGGUAAAUGACGGAUUUGAGGGGAAAAAGAAGGACUUGGAAAGCAAUGGUGCAGUCGUAGCAGAGGAUAAUGGAUCCGUGCUCGAAGAUACAGAGAGUGUGAUGACGAACGGUUUUGAGGAGUUUAAUGGUGGCAUCGAUCAAUCGCCGGAGAGUUUUGUUAGGGUUACGGUUGCCGAGGCAUCGCCUGAGACGGUUGCGGAAACUCCAGUGUCACCAGAGAUGGUUGAGGGGGCUCCGGUGUCGCCACGAACAGUGGCAGCGAUGGCGUCACCAUCGGAAGGUUUGGAGAAGGCGAGUAUGUCGGAGGGCACUUUUGAUGGAAUUAGCGUGGGGAGUGGGAAGGAAAUGAUUGGCGGGGGCAGUGUGAAGCAGAGUGGGAGGCGAAAGAAGAACCUUUCAGGGAAGGAUUGGUGGUGGAAACAAGAUAAUGGCGGGACUGAGUCUGGGGUUGUGAAGGACUAUGUGAUGGAAUGGAUUGGAAAUGAAAUUAAGAAGGAGAGGCCUAACAGUGGUUGGAUUGGAGCUUCGUCUAGCUCUGGACCAAUUGGGAAGAUCGAAAAGAAGAAGAAUCGGAGGAGAUUGGAUUGGUGGAUGUCAAUGGAUGAUGACAAAGAUGUGAAGAAAGAGAAGAGAAGACCUGCAAGAGAAUGGUGGAAGGAGGAGUAUUGUGAAGAAUUGGCAAGGAAGAAAAAGAAGAAGAAAAAACAAGGGCCAGCGUCCAUUGGCGAUGAUAGUCAUAGCGAAAAUUGGUGGCCACGGGAUGAGGAUUUGUAUGUUGAUAGAAAGAAGAAGAGGAGUAGGAGCAGGAGCAGAGGUAGUCGCGGUAGUGUGGAUUGGUGGUUGGAUGGACUUAGUGGCGAGCUCUGGAGAGCUCGCCACAACAGCCAUGACUCGGAGAACCCUAAGAGUGGUGGUGUUAGCAGCACUCCAAGUAUGAGGGGAACUGUUUGUUACAUUGCCCCUGAGUAUGGUGGUGGUGGGGAUCUUUCGGAGAAAUGUGAUGUUUAUAGCUUUGGGGUUCUAUUGCUGGUUCUUAUUGCAGGGCGUCGGCCACUGCAGGUGACCAGUUCACCAAUGUCAGAAUUCCAACGUGCCAAUCUUAUAUCUUGGGCCCGUCACCUUGCACGCGCAGGGAAGCUUCUUGAUUUGGUUGAUCAGUCUAUCCAAUCUUUGGAUCGAGAACAAGCUCUAUUGUGCAUCACAGUUGCACUCAUCUGCCUGCAGAAAUCGCCUGCCCGCAGGCCAUCCAUGAAAGAAGUUGUGGGGAUGCUCUCUGGAGAGUUAGAAGCUCCCCAAUUACCAAUUGAAUUUUCCCCUUCGACUCCGUCCCGCUUCCCAUUCAAGCCUCAUAAGAAAGUUCGGUGAGUUUCUACUGUUUGGUGCCAAUACUUGCAAACGGCAAUGUACUGUUGAAGAUCAUAGUUUCAUCAUCUUUGUGGAUGAUUGUUGUAAAAUACUACAAAAUUAAUAUAUUUAAUGGAUUUUACUUGCUCA